AUGCCGUCGCCCACUCGGUCCCCUGAUAGACCACAAUCUCCCCCGGCGCGCAGCCCGGAUCGGCCCCAUCACCGGAGCCGUCAUGGCCAUUCCCAUUCCCAUCGCCACCGUCACCGUGAUGGCUCGCGCGAGCGUUCGCGCUCUCCCCAUCGAUCGGACAGGCAGAGAUUAGAUCGUCGCCAUCGUCAUGAAGACCGAGAUAAACAGCGAGAACGGGGUCGAGAUCACCACGAACGGCGAGAGAAAGAGAAGGCCGUCCAGCCGGUGAUUCUGCCAUUCCAAGCACGGGAGCUCUCAAUGCGCGAUCUCGACACCUACGAGCCAAUGUUCGCCAUGUACCUGGAUAUUCAAAAGGGGCAUUAUAUAGGGGAUAUGAAAGAUGAGGAGGUGAAGGGGCGGAAUCGCGGAGAGCUUGCCGAGGGCUGGUAUGAGCCAGCUACACUCCAGAAGGCACGCCAGAACGCAGCUGAGGAGCCACCUUUGGAUCGGGAACGUAAAUCGCCGGAUUAUGCACGCGGUGGACAACCGCAGGGUGGGGAUGUCGAGGAUCCGCCGGUAGAAGAUGAUGAUGACGAUGACGAGGACUAUGGUCCAAAGUUGCCUCACCCCGGCUCGAUGAGAGCUGCGGCCCGCUCUGGCCCUGCGAUACCGAAUAUGCAGGAUCUUGAACUUCGAAGAGAAUCCGCUUUGGAAGACGCCAUGGCCGCACGUGACGAUUCGCGAGAGCAGUAUCGCUCCGGAAUGCGCUCUCAUAAGGCGGAACAGCGCCACCUGUUAGAUGAGGUUGCGCCUCGGGCAGAGGCCGGCACGAGAGAAAGACAGCUUGAGAAGCGCCGGGAGGCAGCUGCAGCCAACCGUUCUUUCGCAGAAGCUCGUGGAGCCUCACCUGAAGCUGCCCCAGAGGCAGAGCUCAUGGGGUCUGGAGAUAAUGAUUUGGCUGCUUUCAAGAGGGAGAAGGAGCAGAACCAGCGCAAGAAGAAUGAGCGGGAGAUCCGCCGCGAAGAGAUUCUGCGUGCUCGAGCUGCUGAACGAGAGGAACGUAUUCAGAAGUAUCGAGAGAAGGAGGAGGAGACUAUUGGCUGGUUGCAGACUUUGGCAAAGCAGCGAUUUGGCUGA